AUGGGGAACCACUAAUGCUUUUAGUCAGAAAAUCUCCAGGACAUUUACAAAUCGUAAAUGACGAAUUGGCACAUAGGGGUGGAAAAAGAAGUUCAAAAAUUAGGAUUUAAUGUGAAUGUGAGAUCUGAUCAUCUUCACAAACAAAAUUUUAUGCAAUUAUAUUCAAUCGUUAAACCCUAAUAUGAAGAAAUAGUUACUUUGAGUACUUCAGAAUCUCUUUUUGCGACUGAGUUUGAAAAUAUUAGAACAUCGAAGAAAACUCUGGAUCCUUUCAAAGAAUUCAAUGUUACGACUCUAAUAUAAGACUGUGAACCCUCUUUACAAGAGUUUGAAAGACAAGUACUCUAAUAACUUUCAACAUUAAAUGGUUGUUUGUUGGAAAUAUUUUAAAGUUUUCGACAAACCUAACUGCCCAAUAGUAGUAAUUAAUUGGAUACAUUUAUUCUUAAAUUUCGAGAUUCAUUUGUUUAAAUCUUAAUUCAUUACUACAAUUUGAAUUUAUUUGCUUAACUAAAUAAAUGUCAAUUCUUGAGCACGUCAUCUCUUUAAUGUUUAGUAUCCAAUAUGAUUUUCAAUGACCAAGUUGCAUCUCAUAUUUAUGAGAUCAAAAAGUAAGAACAGAAAUAAGAAAACUAGAAAAUACACAAUAAAUUGUCACUAUUAAGAGAGAAAACAUUGGUUGAUUUUGGAAUUUCCAUUAAGUAUUGUCUGGAUUGUGCAACAAGAGAGUACAUCCAGAGUAAACUAUCCUCGAAGGUUAACACUUGUACUCGCACUUCUUAGAUGAUUUAAUAAGAUACUUUUGAGACACUGAUAAUAGAAGAUGUUGAUUCUACUCAUUUACCUUCGAGACCAUAGGCUAAAUUGCUUCAAGGAACAUUUUUUUAAUAGUCCCCGUUUUAGAAUGCCAUCGAAGCACUAAAAUUAAUUUAAUUUCGAUAAACACCUCAUCAUAAAGUUAAAUAACUAGUCGCUUGUUUUAGAUGCAUUUACUCUGCAAUCAUAGACUAUUACAAUUAUUAUAAAAAACAACCUUCAAUAAUAAGUACGGAUGAAAUGAUACCUAUAUUUCAUUAUGUACUUUGCAAAUCUUCACUUUAAAAUCCUUAUACGCAUUUUGAGAUUAUGCAAAAAUACUUAGGCAAUUUAGAUGGCCUUGAAGGGUUCUACUUAGCCAUAAUGGAAGCAGCAUUUAACAUAGCUUGA